AUGGGCGCCGGGGAGCAGUGGGGCGCCCUCACAGACCGCAUGGUCAGCUUCUCCACCAUCCCCUUCCUCUUCCUCUUCCUGCCCCAGCUGGCAAAGAACUACGUCAAUCUGGCGUCAGGCAACACCGCCGCGCUGGCCGUCCUCUCCUGGCUGAGCUACCUGACCGGCCUGGGCGGCAACACGCUGCUGCUCUCCUACUUUGCAUCCAAGUUUGAGAAGAAUGCGGUAGUCGUGCAGGCGCUGGGCAUCGCCAGCAGCUUUGCGGUGCUGACGCAGAUCCGGGUGGCGGGGUUCAUGCCGCGCGCCGUGUACGCUGGGCUGGCGGUCGUGGUCGGCCUGCAGGCGAUCCUCACCGGCCUGAAGCUGUCCGGCCGGCUGGAGGGCAGCAAGGCGGGGCAGCAGCUGUGGGGCACGUGGCAGAAGGUGCUGGGCCUGGCGGGGCUGGCGGGCGUGCCGCAGGUCCUGUGGGCCACCUUCCAGCCGCACUCCACCAGCAUGCUGCCCUGGCAGCUCACGCUGGCGGCCGGCUGCGCGGUGGUCGCCCUCGAGUCGCUGGGCUGGCUGCCCGCCCCGCUGCGCGGCCUCUGGGCUGCCGCGAGCGCCUGGACAGCCACCGCGCUGUUCAUGCUGCAGCCCAUCUCUCAGCUGGUUCGAAACUUCCAGGACCCUGCCAGCCUGCCCGGCCUGUCGCUGGCUACCAUCCUGCUGGCUGCUGCGGGCAACGGCCUCAUGGUGCCGCGCGCGCUGUGGACGCGGGACUGGAUCUGGCUCACCGGCUCCCUCUGGGGCGCCUCCUGCUUCGGCUGGGCGCAGAUGCUCAGCAUGUUCCUCGGGAGCUCGCCGGCAACCGGACAGCGCUUCCUGAGCGGGCCCCUCUUUGCCGCCUUCACCGUGCUGCUCUGGGGCUGGCUGGCGGCCACAUUCCAUCUGACAGCCCGCGCCCGUCGCAAGCAGGCUGCCGAGUGA